GAAACUCAAAAUCCCACAUAAAAUUUAAUGAAGGCCACUAAUAGAUUUGAAAUCCAAGACGAAACUGGGUUUGAGAAUGCUCAGAUUGUGAUUACAAGGCUUGAAUUGAUCGUCAGGAUUGGAGCUUUCUUUGAGAAGAAGGAAGGCAAAGCUUCUUUUGAGAAAUAUCUGGAAAAUAUUGGAAAGUUAGAGAAUGAAACUGAAGAUAUUAUUAAUGGAUGUCUGGAAGAUAUCAAAUCAAGUGAUACAUCUCUUGAUUCUUCUGAAGAUGAAGUAAUUAGCUUGAAAUCAGAAGUGGAUAAAGAAGAAGCCCAUCUUCGUGAAGAUUUAACAAAGACUAAAAAAGAGUUGAGAAAGAUACGUGAUGACUUGAUCCUUAGCUUCAUGAAAGAAUUUCAUCCAGGGAGGUAUUCAGAAGUGAACUCCCAAAUUGCUACUUACACUGGAGAUCAUAUCUCCAAAAUAUCCAUUUACAACAAGCUUAAAACAAAAUCCUAUGAAGACUCUUCAGCAAAGCCAAGGAAGGUGAAAUCUUUUGUGAGGUCUCAUAAGCCUCCAAUAAUUAACUCUAUAAAAUCUGAGCUUCCUAUAUUCCCUGAGAUGAUAUCCUCUGCAUUUAAUCUCAAGUUUUGGGAUGACGCUGGAGAAGCCUUUGACUAUACUCUUGGUUUGGCCAGCUCAAGCGAAGAAGUGCAGAGCUUUGCAAAUGAUUUCUCAAAGUUCUUGAAGAAAUGCCCCAAGAUACCAUGGAAAUCAGCUGCCUUCGAUAUUGAAACUAGCCAAGUCAUUCAGCUCUUUACUUACUUUUAUCUCUGCCAGACUCCCAAAUCUAAAGCUGACCAAAGAAGGAUCCAAGACUCCUUUUCUGGGCUUGUUGAGUGGUACGCUUACUGGGCUGAGACUCAAGGAGAGGAUUCUGAAGAGAUCAUUCACCAAGCUCACCAAGAUAUAAAAAAUUUAAGCAGGGCGAAGUCCGAACAAUUAAGACAAGAUAUUUUUGACAAAGGGUUAGGUGAUCAAAGAUAUUUUGUAAUUUGGAACAUCGCUAUAUAUCUUCUCGGAAUAGUUGAAGACAAACAUGACAUUCACUAUAAGGUCAACCAAGCAGCUCUGGACUACUACAUGUCGAACUUCCUUGCUCAUCUCUAUCCAGGAGCUAAAGGAAAGGAAAUGUAUCUGAUGCUAUACAAGAAAAUAUCCAAGAUAUUUUAUGGAAGUAACAAAGAUAUGUUUUCUUCCAGUUACUACAAAGAUUUUAUUGCAUCCAGACCUCCAAACACAGUCGAUUACGUAGCUUUCAUGGAUCAGAUCACUACAGAUUCAGAUUUUCAGAAGGAGUAUAUCCAGGCCAUUACCAAAGAAUUCAAACACAAGGAUACGAAUCUUACUGCCAAAAUUCUUAAAAAGAUGUUCAAGGAGUCUGCAGAACUCAUUAGUGAUAAUGAUGGAUUUAUGGCCAAAUUUGAAUGUAUCACUCCAAAUGUAACAUUCUCAAAGCAUGCAAUCAUUGCUAUUUCUGGAUGGACUAGUGAGACUAAUGAUUCACAGCAGAAGAACUGGCAAGGAAUGAUAGAUCAAUUCAUCGGCAACUCCAACAUCCCAAUCUAUGCAUUUUCAUAUGCAGCUUCCACAAUUUGGGAUGUCUUAAAGGCAAUUCUUAAGCCAGGAUUUUCUUCCAGCAUGAAAUGGUUUAUCAAAACUAUCAGUAAAACAUUAGGAAUCGCAGCACAAGGAAUAGAUGUAAUUAAUAAAGUCAGAAAGCAAUUUAUUGAAUGUAUGAAAAUGGCUGAAGCAACAGGGAAGGUUCUUGCUCAUUCAUUGAUGUCUCAGUUCCCCUUCAAAGACACUUCAAUUACUUUACUUGGAUUCUCUCUUGGGACCCAAGUAAUUUACAGCUGUUUGGAAGAACUCAAAGCUUAUGAAUGCGAUCAUAUCAUCAACAAUGUAUAUUUCCUGGGAGGAGCUGCAUCAGUCACAGAUUCAGAUGCUUGGAAGCAUAGUCUUUCAGUGACUAACGGAGUCAAUAACAACUGCUACUGCACAAGUGACUACAUCUUACAAAUAUGUAGAGCCACUCUUUUCCAAUAUCCUAUUGGGUUGGGUCCAAUUCUCAAGGAUGAUCAUGGAUAUGUAGAAGCGAAGGAAGAAGAGGAUGACUCUAGAAAUGGCUAUAGACUAGCUAAUCUUGAUGUGACUAAAGAAGCCAGCGGCCACGUCUUUUAUAGAGGCAACAUGGAAAAGAUUCUUGAUAAAAUAGAUUUUAUUGGAUAA